UUAUGGGAACUUUUGUUUCAUUGCUUUUUUUCGGAAGUAAAACUCAUUAUUUUUGUUUGAUUUUCUUGAAUUUUUUUAAUAAUAUUUUUUAUAUGCCAUAAGAAUUUUCGAAAAUUGGCACUUGGAAACCAAAAUCUCACCUCAAUUUCUUAGAACGUACGCAUUUUUAUUUCAUUUUUUGUGAAUUGUUUCAAAGAGAAAGAGUGUGUAAUUAGUGAAAAGAAAUGGCCAGUCCACGAACCAGACGCAUUUUACAAGAAAUUCGUCCAAUAAAUGAAAAUACAAAAUGUUUUGAAUGUGGCACACACAAUCCUCAAUGGGUUUCUGUAACAUACGGUAUAUGGAUCUGCCUGGAAUGCUCGGGAAAACAUCGUGGUUUGGGCGUACAUUUAUCGUUUGUGCGAUCAGUGUCGAUGGACAAAUGGAAAGAUAUUGAAUUAGAAAAAAUGAAGGUCGGUGGUAAUCAAAAGGCACGUGAAUUUUUUGAUAGUCAACCUGACUACGAUGAUACAAUGUCUAUCCAACAAAAAUACAAUACCAGAGCUGCAGCUCUUUAUCGAGAUAAAAUUUCAACGCUAGCUCAAGGAAAGCCGUGGAACGAAGAGACAUCGACUGCAUCAAAUUAUAACACUUCAUUAGCAUCCGACACACAAAAGCAUUCCAGUUCGCGUGGCUCAAAUAGUCAGCGCAGCUCAAUUGAGACAAGCAAGAGCUAUCAAGAUUUGGGUGAUGCUAGCAAUAGCUAUCAAAACUUUAAUACACGAGAAUUCCGUGAUCAGAAAGAUUCAUUUUUCAAUCGAAUUCAAGAAGAAAAUGCUUCUCGACCUGAUCACUUGCCACCGAGUCAAGGUGGAAAAUAUGCUGGCUUUGGUUAUUCAAAAGAUCCAAUGCCAAAAAGUCAAUCUCAAGAGAUUUUUGAUACAACGUUGACGUCUCUAGCAAGUGGUUGGAAUGUAUUUUCAAUUGGUGCAUCGAAAAUUGCCAAUACUGCUCGUGAAAAUGUUUCACGCUAUGGAAAUAUAGCUGGCCAAAAGGUCAAAGAUGGAACAUUAUAUGAAGAUGUUAGUACAGGUGUCACUAGUUUUGCUUCCAAGAUUAGUGAAAUUGGAAAAAAAGGAUGGAGCACAUUGAAUGGAGCCAAUUUAUCAUCACCACAAGAAGGCUAUGAGAAUAAUUUUUGUGAAAAUUAUCAAAACUCGACAAUUUCACGCUCGCAAUCAUAUCAAACGGAUAGUUAUUCAAAUAAUGAUAAUUGGACCGGUUUUGAUAAUAAAUUCGAAUCGUCAACACAAUCCUAUCAAGGUGGUUCAAUUGAGCAACAAAACACUUCACCAACAACCGUGAUUAAUUCGACCAGAAAACAACACAAACAUGAAAAAAACGAAAAAGGAGAUUUUAACGCUCUUGAUGUGAAAGCUUCCAAACCGAAACCAACAAAUAAGACCAAAAGUAUUGAAGACGACGCAUGGAAUUUGCUAAACAAUUAAUGAAUGAAUAUAUAAAUUCACAACGUCCAUCAAUCCACAAUUCAAUCAUUCAGACCGACAAUUUAUUAUGCAAUUGUAUAUAAAAAUCAAUGUGAAACCGUUUAUUCAAAUUAAAUCUUUAUGUUGACACUCUUUGCAAUUGAAAAAUUUGAAAUUGCCAAACUAA